ACACAAACGGUGUUGUGUGUGCUGUGUAGUUAUUCUGAAUAGCGUCGGGGUUGAAUAACACUUUACACGACGCUGCGACAUCUAAAAGAAAGUAAACUUAAAGAUUACCCAUUUCAACAUCUUAGCAAGUGGAACAGACGUUUCUUUGGAAUUCUGGAGAAGUUUAAUUUACCUAUCUCACGUUUCAGUUCCUUUACUGUUCGAAGAUCGUCCGGUAACACUGCAGAAGUUUUGUCUGCGUGCAUGGCUAUUGGAAAGGGAUCGCAGGACAUUGUCUUCCAAAAGAAGAUAAGUGAGGCCAGCCAAUUAAGGCCGACCAGCGAAUGUUUUGUUUUGCUCGUUAAUAUGACAGACGUCCAUCCUUACAUUAGGGAAUAACACAACUCUCAAGUACGACUCUACUCUAUUAAGAGGACUGUACUCAACGGAAGAAGAACAUAGGAGUCCAUCCAGGCUGAGAUCAUCGGUCUUAUGACAGACCCACCAGUUGAAGAUCAUUUGGUUUAUGGUGCGGAAAAGACAAAACAACAACACGUUGAUUUCACGAAAUGCUUAUACUAGUGAAUAACCUGAUGUUCAUCCGGGCUAAGCUCGUCAAUCCAAUGACAGACUCACCACUGUAGGAGAUCAUUUAUUUUGUGUGUGGAAAAGACACAGCACCAGCAACAUUCUUGAGUAAGAUGGAGUUAGUUUGUUUCGAAAACGAUUGAUUGAGCCGCAACUUCUAAUCGCAAAUGAUUGCUGGUUCCUUACCUGAAGACGUUUCACAAAUGUUGUUUACUUUGAAAGAACUCGGAUGUAUCGUUCUCACUGGCAAUCACCAUUAAUUUCAUGAAGAGGUAUACAUGGUAAUAGAAUGGCAACGAUACCAGAGGAAGAGCCACACCCACUUGCCCCUACACCAACCCCACAACCACCACCACCUGAACCCGAAUUACCCCCGUACGCCAGAGUCGAUCCUAACAAGACCCCAACGCGUCCCGACUUGGGAUCUCCUCCACCGUAUGCAAGUGUGGUACCUGAAACAUACACGAACAAUGCAUACGAAGGUGAAGGUCGAUGUAAUUAUUAUCAAGGUCAUCCACAAGGUCAAGGUCAUUCUCAAGGUCAACCUCAAUGUCAUGGACACUCUCACAGAGGACCACCGUUUCCUAGAUAUCAUCAUCAUCCGCACAGACAUGGCUGGAUGGACCAAUCCGAGGCCAUGCACGAUCUCGACGUCGACCACGGAUUGUCGACGUCAUUCCAACAAUACAAUCACUGCUCCUACGAUGGCAUGAAUAUGUCAUAUCCGCCACACGUGACGAUUAUCCGUGACAGCCAAGUCGGUGCGCCGGUUAAUGUGAACUGCUUAUUCGGUUUCGGAUCUUUCAUUCUCUGUUGCUGCUGCGUGCCGUUUGGAAUAGCAGCACUCAUCAAAGCAGUAGAGGCUCGAAACAGACUUUUAGCCGGGGACGCCGCCGGGGCCAGGAGAGCUGCGACAUCGUCGAGAAUGUGGGCUGGAUCGGGGCUACUGAUUGGUGCAGUGUUCCAGCUCUCACUUGUAUUCUACAUAUUUUAUCAUAAUACAUAAACACUGUAAAAACUGCGGUGUUAAAACUGACACCAAUUGGUGUUAAUAGAGGA